CGUAAUUCUAGUAUAGAAAUAAUAUGUAUUUGUAUUUUUUAUGCAUAUUAGAACUAUCAAAUUUUAUUUGAUUAUUAUUGCAACUCGUUGUGCAUCCAGGAAACGAUAAAAAAUUAAGAAGAAAAACAUAAAGGAUUCUGUCAAUAUGACAUUGAUAGGACAUCAUCUUCUGGCAUUGAUAUAAGAGAACGUGGGGUUUUAGAUAUUAAAUGUAUAUAUUCCAAUUUGGUUCAUUAUUAGAUGCAGUGAUCGAAUUGAUAUCUUCAUUCAUAUAUUCAAAAUUUAGGUAAUGUCAGAAAGUGAAGAGGAUUCAAUGAGUGGAGCUGACUGGCCCGUGACCGAAGAAUGGCUGCAAGCAGUUUUGAAGGAGCACCACAAGGAUAUGCCGGAUCCCACGAUGAUAACCGUUCUGGAUUUCACGGUCAGGCCGGGCUGCGAAAGCGGCGAAAGUGUCCUUAGCGAUAUUUUAGCGGUGGCCGUUAAAUACAAUUUAAGGGUAGGACCUACAGGAGUAACGCACAGCUUAAGUUUUAUAAUAAAACUUUUGCCACAGGAUCCGUUCAGUAGAUUUUUCGUGACCGAAGCUCAAUUCGAUCUUAGGGAGAUAAAAUUUUACACGCAAGUCGUGCCCGAACUACAAUUAUUUAAGCAAAAAACAAGUGACUCAGAAGAUGUAAGAAUCCCGAUUCCAAAAUGUUAUUACGCCCAUUAUACAGCAGGAACAAAUGAUCCUGACCCCACACCACCCGAAUCCGUCCUAGUACUAGAAAACAUCAAACCCUUGGGCUACAACAGCGCCGACUUCGCUAGAGGUCUGACCCUUCGUCAAACGAAAGCAGCCGUAGAAGCGAUAGCUCAAAUACACGCCCUUUCGCUUUGCCUCAAAGUGAAAGAAGGAAAAGGGCUAUCAGAACGCUACCCGUUCCUGUUCCAAACCAACAGAGCAUCCGAUUCCUACCAACAAUUAGUAGAAAGAGGUUUGCCGCAACUGUCCCAAUUUCUAGAACGCAAGAAAGGUCUGGAGGACGUGCUGGCCGCUUUGAACGAGCUCCGAGCUUACACCAAGGACAUCAUCGAGAAUUUACUAGCUCCUGAGGAGCCGAUGGCUCUUAUCACCCAUACGGACUUCUGGUGCAACAACCUUAUGUUCAAGGAAGACGAAGACAGCUGCAUAUGUUCCAUUCUCGACUGGCAAAUGGUGACCUACAGUCGUCCGACCAACGAUCUGGCCCUACUUCUUAACAGCAGCGUUCCAGCUGAGCUCAGGAGACUCCACAGCAGCUCUUUACUAGACGAAUACUGGAACGCAUUGACGGAAACGUGCAGAAAAUUGAAGUUAGACGUGGAAGGCGAAUUGGGAUACGAUCGAAAAAAGUUGGACGAGGAUUUCAAGAAGUCUCAGUUGUUGGCCCUGCUGCUGUGCAUAGGGUCGGUCGAUUUGGCCAUCGGUAACGCACAAAUGGAGGAGAGAUUGUUAGAAUUGCUUAAAGAUUUGCACGAGGAUGGACUGCUCAAUGCCGAUAUUGCGAUAAAAGCUCAAAAUUAAGGCAUCACGUGUUUUUUUUCUCGAAUAAUUCCAUCAAGUAAAUUAAAUAAUCGAUAUUUUGGCUUGUUCUAUUUAUCAAACAUAUCACAAAUGUUUUCAUCUAUAUUAAACAUAGUAUAAUUACUGAUGCUAAACGUAUUUUUAUUUUCAAUAGUUGUACCGACAUGCAAGAGUUGUUUUUGAAGUUUGAUAUAAACAAAAAUGGUUUCCCAUCACAGAAAGAAAUUAAUGCUCAUAUUAAGCAAAAAAUAAGCAUUUUCGAGCUUGUUUUUGAGCCACAAUCUUUAAGAAAUUUUUAAGUACGCAUGCUAAAAAAUUGUUGAUUUUUUUUUAAAUUAACGUUGGUGCUUAUUUAUAGCUUUUGAUUUAAAAAUUGAAGACAGUCUAAGCAAAUUCUCAUUUCUUCACAAAAUUACAAGUGGAGUAUGAUUUUAGAGCAGUUGAAUAAUUUUUUCUCGUCUACCUCGACUUUUUUAGAUCUAUUAUGGAAUAUGUGAUGAGUCAGAAGUUGAAAGUAGGACAAAGCUGGUCUGUUGAUUGUUUGCGCUAGUGUUCUUAUUUGUUUGAGAGCUAUUGUCAGCAUAUCUUUAUGUCUUCAAGAGUUGGAUGUGCGAAUAAUAUCAGUCUAAGAUAAAAACGGAGCUGAUAGAUUUUGAGU